UACAAGUCUGCUUCUCUUCCAUCCCUCACUCUGGCAUACAAAGACACUUAGAAUUAGUUAGCAUUCAUGGGUGGUGGAGAUUUCACAGUAACAGUGAGCAGGAAGGAAGUAGUGGCAGCUGUACUGCCUGUGCAGGAGUACUGGCUGCCGCUAUCUAACCUGGACUUGCUUUUGCCUCCAGUAGAUGUGGGUGUGUUUUUCUGUUACAAGAAGCCACAUGAUUUAACAUUUGGGUCCAUGAUUGGCGUUCUGAAGGAGGCCUUGGCCCAAGCACUGGUGUCCUAUUAUCCAUUUGGAGGGGAAGUUUUGAGUAACUCAGCGGGUGAGCCCGAGCUCCUUUGCAACAACCGUGGGGUUGAUUUCAUGGAAGCUUAUGCGGAUGUACAACUACAAAACCUCAACUUGUAUAACCCUGAUGAAAGCAUUGAAAGCAAGCUUGUCCCUAAGAAGAAACAUGGCGUUCUGUCAGUCCAGGUGACUGAGCUCAAAUGUGGCGGAGUUGUGGUGGCCUGUACAUUCGAUCAUAGGAUAGCAGACGCAUAUUCUGCCAAUAUGUUUCUAGUUUCAUGGGCUGAAAUGGCUCAGUCCAAACCAUUAUCAGUACUACCAUCUUUCCGGCGCUCUCUCCUCAACGCUCGACGUCCGGGCUCCUAUGAUCCUUCCCUUGACGACAUGUACGUCCCCAUGUCAACCUUACCUCCUCCCGAAGCUCCACAGUCUGGUGAUGAUCUUCUCAUAAACCGCCUUUACUAUGUCACAGCCGAACAGCUCAGUCUACUCCAAUCACUAGCUACCAGCAAGAGUAGCUCCUGCAAGAGGACUAAACUAGAGUCUCUCAGUGCUUUUCUGUGGAAGAUGGUGGCCAAAAGUGCAGUCACGGAAAACGCAAACCAAAAAAUAUGCAGGAUGGGCACCGUGGUGGAUGGAAGAAAGAGACUGAGCAGUGGAGACGAGGUUAAAGCAGCAAUGAUGGCCUCUUACUUCGGAAAUGUACUGUCCAUACCCUUUGGUAAGAAGACAAUAAAUGAACUGAAAGAGAAACCAUUGAGCUGGGUGGCAGAUGCAAUUCAUGAGUACCUGGAAGGAGCAGUAACAAAGGAGCAUUUCCUGGGGCUGAUAGAUUGGGUGGAGGCUCACCGUCCGGAGCCAGCUUUAGCGAAGAUAUACAGCAGUGGCAGUCGCGAUGGACCGGCAUUUGUGGUGUCAUCAGGGCAGAGAUUCCCAGGGUCAAGGGUGGAUUUCGGGUGGGGUAUGCCGGCUCUGGGGUCAUACCAUUUUCCAUGGGGUGGGGAAGCUGGGUACGUGAUGCCAAUGCCGAGUCCUGUCAGAGAUGGAGACUGGGUGGUGUACAUGCACCUCUCCGUGGGGCAGAUAGAGUGGAUUGAGACUGAGGCUGCUCACAUCUUUAGACCCUUAAGUUCUGAAUAUCUCAACUUGAGCAACUCAGAUUAGCUUACAUUUAUCACUUCCUAUUUGUUCACUGUCCCCCACAAUGUUUGUUAUUGUCUCCAUCUCUAUUUGCUGAUUGUCAUCGGCUUGAUGUUUAAUAUCCGUUUACGAAG